GCCCCCUCCCGCCGUCCCGGAUCCCCCAGCUUUCCCGACUGGUUCUUACGUCCUCUCCCGUCACUCGUCAGUGUUACCUGGGUUACGGCGACUUGUAAAGUAACGUUAGUUGUACUUGUAGGCCUAUACUAUAGCCUAGGGGCGACUAUUUCGCUAUUCAUUCGUUCUGCAAUAUCGCUAUCCAAAAUAUCCUUCUGCUCGAGACGAAGAACCGGAAUUGCAGAAGAACUCAGUAGACUACAAGUUAGUUUGGGAAUCGGUAAGAUCGAGAAGUCUACUGAGCUCGGUGCAGCAGGUCACUGGUCUGGUGAGCGACCCCAGAACCACACUGCGGUGGUGAUCCAGAGGCGGCUCCCGAUCCGAGACCACUGCGGGCUUCUCCCUCCUUCUAUCCGAACUAAACUGCGAACUGAUCAAAACUACGUGUAGCCAUGUCUCGCGAAUUGAUCAGCUUCGGGGAGGCCAUGAUACGGUAUGCGCCGGCCGACGACAGUCGCAGUGCCAGCGAUCGACACAAGCCCACCCUCUUCCUGAGGUCGGUCGGGGGAGACGAGCUGAACGUAUGUGUGGCGCUGUGUCAGCUAGGCAGGCAGGCCAGGUGGUGCUCGGUGUUACCCGAGGGCCCGAUGGGCCAGGUGAUCAUGGACAGUGCGCUGGACUGCGGCGUGGACACCAGUGCAGUGUUGGCGACGGACGGUGCGGACGUCGGCACGUUCACCGUCCUGCCCGAGCAGCGCACGGUGCACUAUCAGCGCCGGCGCUCGGCAUUCUCCCUGCACGACCCCGGCCGCUUUGCUUGGAGUGACCUGUUGGCCGGGCCAAGUCAGCAGCAUUGGCUGCACAUGACGGGCAUUACACCCAUGAUUGCCGAAGCGCCGCGGACAAGCUGGCACGCGGCGUUGAGAACGGCUCGCGACAAAGGCAUACCAUGCAGCAUGGAUCUGAAUCACCGUGCACAGCUUGGACCGCUUUCUGAGCUCAUGCAGUGUGUGCAGCCACACCUGAAGGACCUACAGGUCUUCGUCGUGGCUCUGGACUCGCUACGACAACUGGCCGAACUCAACGGUCUGACCAGUGCGAAUGAAGACGACGACGGCACACACGCGUCGCAGAUACGGCGAAUGCAAGACGUUGCAAAGCACCUCGGCGUGAAGCGUCUCGUCUGCUGCUUCAAAUCGCGCGAUGCCGAGUCCGGUGGCACGCAGAAACGCUGGAGUGUGUUGUGUACGCUGGAUGGUGGUGUGUUCAGCACAGAGCCAGUCUACAUCCACCACAGGCCGGCAGAUCAGCUGGGCGGCGGCAGUGCCUGGAUGGCCGGCUUCAUUGACUACUGCCUAGAGCACGGCUUGGACGCUGCACUGUCCACGUCGUCGGGACUGGUGGCUGCUCUGCGACGUAGUGACAUGCUGGCGGCGCUCUGCCAGGAGAGCAUUGGCGACCACUCGACGGUCACCAGGCAAGAGCUCUCGAAGAUGGAGACAAAGUAUGAAUCGAUGCCGGCUGAUUUCCUGAAGCAAUAAUGCUGUUAUGGUUACAGUCAAUCCUUGUCACGUCACUGGUGGUGGUAUACAUGACAAGAGAACAUCAUUCCAGUGCAAUCGGUUCAGCAGUACACAAACUAAGGGUUCAGUGUUUCUGUAAGCAUGCACUCAUGCAGGAUAUGAUGUUGUUGCAGUGAUACAAAUUUAAUAUACAACAUGCUAUUUCUACCUGGGAUUGCCAACCCCCAAUACUCUGGCAAUAGCAAAACUGAAUGAAACUUAUCUAUGACAUUGG